AUGAAUACCGCGGAAUUCAACGCUAGCAUAUUCAGUGAGAAUACAGAAGAUAUUGAUUUAACGCAAUGUGGUCAGGUGUUCAAACCGACGCAGGAGUUAGAACGAUUUCUGGAGAAGACGGCAAUAGAAAUCGAAAUGGCCGACCAACAAGCGGCUGGUCACUGUUCGACGAGUCAGUGUCAGCCGACUCAUACUACCGACCAGACGUCUCAUUCGACAACGAAUACGGCCAAAGUAGCCAUCAAACGGAAUAUUACUCAAGCGCAACAGAAUUUGGAACUACAGUGUACGGGCCCGAUACCGAUCAACAAGCAGCAAAAAAAACAACCCAAACGUCCGAUGAAUUCGGAGAUUCAGACGACGAUGCCGACGGAAGAGGACAAGAUACGCCAACGGACAACCGAAUUGUUAGCGCUCCCGUUCACUCGGAUAGGUCAAUAUGCGAAAAUGCAAUUUUCGCAAUCGAUAAAAGAAUCGACGAAAUUUUUCGAGCUGAUGGAAAUCAUAUACGGCAUUCAUCCGGACACGGACCCGGUAUUUUAUCCCAUAACAAUAGUGAUUUUGAUGAUGGCCGUGUUCACAGCGACGACGGAUAUCCAAGCGACGUAAUUAUAUUUAUAUAAAUUAAAAUAUUUAAAAAAAAUUAAAUCAUAAAUUUUUUUAUAGUCUUCAUCCUCAGAAAUGGAUGACUUGUAUACCGGAGCUAGCGACAGCGAUGGAGGAUAUGGUCACAACCGAAUACGAAAACGUGAUACAGAAAUAUACCAACACAUUGACAACCCUCCGGCAGAGCAUCCGGACAUCAUACGAAAGUUUGCCGAUAUCCUCGUUAAUAUCCAUUGGCCGGGGGACUACGUCUACAUGUCCGACGUUAUUGUGCCGCCUGGACGCGAUGGAGUUAUUCAAUGUGUUGAAGAGCUGUGUCAACACCUCAGAUACGUCUUCAAUAAAAAGUUCGUCGUCAUCUGUCAACAUGACGACCACGUCCACGUCGCCCACGUGUGCAAGCAGACAACGAACUCUUGCCGUUGCUCCUAGCUCAUCAGAA